UGCGUUAUAACCGAAGACUAUUUUCCUGCGCAUAAGCAUUAUAAAAGCACACACCUUCACACAAGUCUGCUCUCUCUCUCUCUCUCUCUCCUCUGACACACACACACACACACACACACACACACACAAAGAAAGAGGAACAAUACCCCAAUUUCUCAGAGAUUUUGCUUUCAGGGAUGUAGUGCAUGCGUGUUCCCUGAAUUUGAGUUUCAAAGAUCGGAAUUUUAGUUCGCAAUAGAUCCUCAGAGUUAUGGGGAUUUCAUUCAAGGUUUCAAAAACCGGUAGGAGGUUUAACCCGAAACCGGCACCGCUCGACGUUGCGGCUUUGUCUGUCGAAGAGGAAGAACCGAACGAUGCCGUAACUACGGCCACGAAGAAGAAGAGCGACACCAUUUCGUUGUCUACUAGAAAGCUGGCGGAAGAGGCUAGUGAGAACAAUGGUAUUGCAGAAAUCUCUGAUAAUGAAGUUUCAUUCACUCUAAACCUUUUUCCCGAUGGAUAUUCUAUCACGAAGCCUAUGGAGAAUGAAUCUGGCCGUCCUACAUCUAUAGAUGUACCAAAGUUUUUGCACCCAUAUGACAGAGCAUCCGAGACUCUGUUUUCGGCAAUUGAGUCUGGGCGAUUGCCAGGAGAUAUUCUGGAUGAUAUACCAUGCAAGUACAUUGAUGGUACUCUUGUCUGUGAGGUUCGAGAUUAUCGGAAGUGUUUUUCUGAAGGACUUAAUGUGGCUUCAGGGGACAGCUCACCCAUCAUUAACAGAGUUUCUCUUAGAAUGUCACUUGAGAAUAUAGUGAAGGAUAUUCCAGCCAUUUCAGACAAUGGUUGGACAUAUGGUGAUCUAAUGGAAGUGGAGUCCAGGAUUUUGAAAGCCCUACAACCACAACUUUCCCUAGAUCCUACUCCCCAGCUGAACAGACUCUCUGACUAUCCUGUUCCCACUAAGUUGAAUUUAGCACUACGCAUCAUGCGAAGGAAAAGAUUGAGGCAGAUCCCUGAAGUUGCUGUGUCCUCAAAUAAUAUCCAUGGGAAGAAGGUAUGUCUUGAUAGAGUUCCAGAAAGCUCAAGGUUGGGAGACUCGGGAUCUCUAGUACAUCAAUCUUCUUAUGAGAAUCUGAACACUCAAAAUAAUGUCUCAAGCGCUAUGCUUCCACUAAGGAACAACAGCUUUGGAGCAGAUGGUUCUCUUCUCUCUUCGCCCCUGGUAUCUCAGCAGUCAAAAUAUCAAAUUGGGGUUGGGAGUCCCAGAAUGAUAAAGGAUCAGCGGUCAGGAGCUCUUUUGAAUGCAUCUGUUGCUUCUCCUGGUGGGCAGGAUAUGAUGAUUCCAUUCACUGAUAAUGGUGCUGCUUCAAUUCAUGGUAAGAGUAGAGACACUCAAGAUGGGCAAUUGUCUCCACUUACCCACAAGAAACCUAGGGUUACACAUACAGGGCCUGAUGGGAAUCUGCAGCAUUUAGGACCACAAAUGGACAACUUACAUGGAUCCGAAUUACAUUGGAAGAACACAUUAAUGCAACAGCAGUCAAUUGGAAGAGGGAUUCAGUAUGCUAAUAGUGGUGUACAAAAGUUUUCCCCGCAGAUGUAUGAAGGAGGUCUAAAUCAGGAAGGGGGCCCAAUACCGUUCACUAUUGGACAACAAGGAAUAAGAUACAACUUAAAGGAAGAACCAGUUGAGACAGAGAGAUUAGACAAACCAGAGCUCAGUCGUAUGGGCAUGGGAGAAGCAGAAUUAUCCAAUAUUGAUCCACAGCAGUCACGAUUGCAGCAAAGAGUGCCCCAUCAGUUCAUGAGAUCAAGUUUCCCUCAAACUCCAUGGAACAAUCUUGGUCAGCCUCUUGAUAAUAAUUCUAGAAAAGAGGAUUCAUUUCCGAAAAGAAAAUUGGUUCAAAGUCCUCGUGUAUCUGCUGGAGGCUUACCUCAAUCUCCCUUGUCAUCAAAAUCUGGAGAAUUUUCUAGUGGUUCAAUUGGACCUCAAUUUGGAGCUGUUGUCACUAGUGGACUUGUAUCAUCUCAAAAGGAGAAAUCUGCGGUCACAUCUGUUCCUUCUGUUGGUGUUGGCGGCAACCCAUCUUUCACUUCAAGUGCGAAUGAUUCCAUGCAGAGACAAAACCAGGCACAGGCAGCUGCAAAACGCAGAUCUAAUUCUCUUCCCAAAACUCCUGCAAUAAGUGGGGUUGGUUCUCCAGCAAGUGUUAGCAAUAUGAGUGUACCAAUAAAUGCAAGUAGCUCUCCUGUUGGAACACAACCUUUGGGUGAUCAAACCAUGCUUGAGAGAUUCUCGAAGAUAGAAGUGGUAGCUAUGAGGUGUCAACUUAAUUGCAAAAAGAAUAAGGUGGAUGAAUAUCCUAUGAGGAAGCCCAAUGCAUAUUCUGCUCAACAGCUGGUAUCUCAUCUCUCAAGUGAUUCAAACAAUGAGAACCUGAAAGACGAAACAUGUAAAAUGCCAUUGUCAAAGUCCCUGAUAGGCGGCAACAUGAAUGUUUGCAAGACCAGAAUCCUGAACUUUAUCCAGACAGAGCGCAUUAUUCAAGGUAAUAGCUUCCAAUUUGUUCCAAAGGCAAGAACUAGGAUGAUCAUGUCAGAGAAACCAAAUGAUGGAUCUGUGGCAAUUCAUAUUGGAGAAAUAGAGGAUGCUGAAUACUUGGCUGCAGAGGAUUACCUUCCAACAUUACCAAAUACUCACAUUGCCGAUCUACUUGCAGCACAGUUCUGUUCACUGAUGGUGCGUGAAGGAUAUCAUGUGGAGGAUCAUGUCCAACCAAAACCAGUCCGGAUCAAUCCUGCCUCAGCCAGCCAACUUAAUGCUCCAGGAAUUCCUCCCGGUAGUGCAACAUCCGAGAUGCAGCAGUUUUCUGAAGGUGUUUCUAUUCAGCCGACAAAUGAUAUUGCCAAACCUAGUACCAGUGGUAAUGCAUCUGUAAACUCAUUACAGAAUGUACAAGGCCCUAGGAUCCUACCUCCAGGGAAUACUCAGGCGAUCCAAAUGUCUCAAGGUCUUCUGCCUGGGGUUUCAAUGCCUUCUAGACCUCAGCAACCUGAACAACUGCCACCUCUGCAGCAGCAACCACCACAACAGCAACAGCAGCAUCCUCAGUUCCAACGAUCACCCAUGAUGCUGCAGACAAAUUCAAUGCAACACCUGAACAAUAUGGCUCAGAAUGCAAAUGUGCAACUUCAGUUGUUGCAACAGCAGCAGCAACCACAGUUGCUUCAAGCACAACAGCAGCAGCAGCAGCAGCAGACAACAAUGCAGAGAAAAAUGAUGCCCGGUCUUGGAACUGUUGGCAUGGGCAAUAUUGGUAAUAACAUGGUUGGGCUUGGAGGCUUGCGCAGUGUCAUGGGAAUCGGCAGUGGUAGGGGGGUGGGUGGAAGUGGUAUUUCUGCACCAAUGGGGCCUAUCUCAAGCAUUGGAAACAUGAACCAGAACCCCAUGAAUCUGAGUUCAGCUGCAAAUAUUAGCAAUGCUAUCCGGUCUGGGACUCUUACACCAGCGCAAGCUGCUUUUAUGAAGCUAAGAAUGGCACAAAACAGAUCAAAUGUGUUGGGGAACCCUCCAUCAAGUAUUGGAAACAUGCCUGGAGCUAGACAGAUGCAUCCAGGAUCUGCUGGUCUUUCUAUGCUGGGCCCUGCUCUCAACCGAGCCAAUAUCAAUCAGAUGCAGCGUACAGCUAUGGGUCCACCAAAAUUGAUGCCAGGAAUGAAUCCUUACAUGACCCAGCAGCAGCAGCAACAACAGCAACAGCAGCAGCAACACCAGCUUCAACAGCAGCAGCAGCAGCACCAACAACAGCAGUUGCACUUGCAGCAGCAGCAGCAGCAACAGAUGCAGUUGCAGCAGCAACAACAGCAGUUACAGCAGCAGCAAGAAACCACUUCUCCAUUACAAGCUGUUCUUUCUCCUCAACAAGUGGGUUCACCAUCAAGCAUUGGUGUUCCCCAUCAGAUGAAUCAAACACCACAGCAGCAACCGCUACAACAGCAAGCCAGUCCCCAGCAGAUGAGCCAGAGAACUCCGAUGAGCCCACAAUUGAGCUCAGGGACUAUUCACCCGAUGACUGCUGGAAAUCCAGAAGCUUGUCCAGCAAGCCCUCAAUUGAGUUCUCAGACUUUGGGCUCGGUCGGUAGUAUCUCCAAUUCUCCGAUGGAGCUGCAAGGCGUUAAUAAAAGUAACUCUGUAAAUAAUGCAUAGCGAUUAUCAGCUGUUUGAUCUUCAAAAUUUGGUUGUCAUCCAUUCUGGUCCAAGCUUGGGCUUUGAUAACAUUGCCUUGUAAGUAGGAGCGGUUUGAGGUAGCAAGACAACUCGUAUAUACUUGGAUUAAGGAUAAGUUCAGCCAGGACCCGGAGCACUGAUAAUUGCCAUGUUUUCUACCGAGUGAUCUCAUACAUGAAGUAGCCGUCUGGUGGGAGGAAGUACAUAAUUCCUUUCCUCUUCAACUUUAAGCUUGUAGGUUAUAUCAGCGCUGAUAAUUUAUGUGGAUUAGCAUUGUUGUCAAUUAGAGACUACUAUCUUGAUGAUUUUGUCUAUUCGAAUUUGUUGGUUUUAAGUGGUUGCUCUACCAUGAUAGGAAAACAGUUACCUUAGUCAAUGUUGUUUGUAACUGUUGAAGCUAUUCUAGUAUGUGACUGGAAUGAAAAUCAUUUUAUUACUAUUA